ACUCGUGUGUUGUUGCGUAAGGCCGUAAGCUUUAACUCUGGAGCAUAUCAUCUGGCGUUUAUUAUAAUAUACCUCUUAUGGAAAACGUGGAAAAUCUUGAAGACGUUUCUUCAGCUAACAAAAAAUGCCGCAGGUUCGAAGCAAGACUUGGUCCGCUUCGAUUGAACUUAAAUCCGGUCGUUACAUUGGUCUCUAGCUUGCUAAUCUGGGGAUUCUUAACUUGGUGCAUCACGGACCCAGAACGAACGUCGGAGUACAUGAUACGUGCUAAGAAAUGGAUGACCGCACAGUUUACGUGGUUUUACAUUGGGAUCGCUAACGUCUGGCUCAUCUUUUUGCUUCUCGUGUAUUUCUCGGACGCCUGUGACAAGAAACUUGGCAAAGAUGACGAAGAACCAGAGUUUAGCGACGGGACCUAUUUCACAAUGUUGUUUGCGGCAGGAGUUGGAAUUGGCCUGUUUUACUUCGGUGUAGCCGAACCUGUGCUGCAUUAUGAACCCGGCGGUCCGCAGAGAAAUCGCUUUUGGGGAAGGUAUUCGGAUAACCAACGUUCACAGGAUGCGAUAAACAUAACACUAUUCCACUGGGGAAUACAUGCAUGGGUGGUCUAUUCUCUUGUUGGUUUGUGCAUGGCUUUUGUCACCUAUAGACUGGAUCUCCCAAUGACUAUCCGUUCCUGUUUCCAUCCACUGUUGGGCGACUUGAUUUAUGGAACUAUUGGAGACGUUUUCGACAUCAUAUCAAUUGUGUCGACCAUGUUUGGUGUAUGCACGACGCUUGGAUUAGGGGCAUUGACCCUUAACUCUGGUAUCAAUCGCAUUAACAGUGACUUUAGUGAAAGCGUCGAUAACCAGAUAAUCAUUAUUUGGGUUGUCACCGCAAUGGCGACCGUUUCAGUGAUAACCGGGUUGAAGAUGGGGGUUCGACGCCUCAGCGAAAUAUGCUUCUGUCUAGGCGUGGGACUGAUGCUGUUGGUUCUUUUCUAUGAUAAUACCUUCUACCUUUUGAAUUUAUACGUACAAAGUAUUGGUUAUUACUUGCAAAAUUUUAUACAAAUAGGCUUCCAUACUGAAGCCUUCGCACAGUUGGGGAAUGCACCGGACGGAAAGCAGGCACCAGAAUGGAUUGACGCGUGGACUAUUUUCUACUGGGGUUGGUGGAUCUCCUGGUCACCAUUUGUUGGCAUGUUUAUUGCGCGGAUCUCGCGUGGUCGGACCAUCAGAUCGUACAUUAACGCGACCCUCACCGCACCGAUUCUAUUUUCGUUUCUGUGGUUCACCAUAUUUGGGGGUGCUGGACUUAACAUGGAACGCGAGGCGGCAUUGAAAGGGAUCAACUGCUCUGACCAUCUGGGAGGUAAGAACUCAACCGAACCUCUGGGAAAACUAUUCCGGUUGUCGUGUCGCGGUGAAACGCAAAUGUACUUUGAUUUACUCCAACAAUAUGGUGACAUUGCCCAGUUCCUCAACGUUCUUUCCAUCAUCGCCAUCGUUUUGUAUUUUGUGACAAGCUCAGAUAGUGGCUCAUUGGUCAUGGAUUCCCUAGCGGCGAACGGAAAUCCAAAUCCUCCAAUGGUACAACGUAUUUUCUGGGCGUUCACAGAGGGUGCUUGUGCAACAGCUUUGCUGAAGGUCGGCGGUAAAGCAGCACUUCAAACUCUUCAAACGGUGUCGGUUGCAGCGGGUCUACCUUUCGCUGUACUGGUCACCGCCAUGUGUGUCUCCCUUUGGCGCGCUUUGAAGAUGGAAAGCGGCGUUGUCGAUAGAAACAAGGCAAUAGAGUUCAACGUAUCCCUUUGUGAUGCCGUUUUGUUUCCAUCAUGGAACAACGCCAAAAGACUUGCAAUCGCAAUCCUUGCGCCAUGGCUACCAGCUGGACAUGCUGCAGCUAAGCUCUACCGCAAGAAACCGUUGUCUUAUAUGAUAAUCAUGGCAAUCCUGUUCUAUGGCUGGAUUAUACUAGAAAUUACGGAGGUCUAUGCCAAUGGCCUGGCCUAUGUUGGCUGGGUUGUCCUCUGCGGUUUCUUCGGCUAUGUUUUAGGGUUACGAAGUGCUAUCCGCGAGGAAUGCGCCAUCUCUGGUAGUAUUUUAGCGGAUGCUUUAACCGUCAUCUUCCUCUAUCCAUUUGCCGUAGAUCAACUCGAUAAGCACAUGCUGAUCGAAUAUCGACAGAAGAAAGACGAUCCAACCGAUAUUUGUCUUGAAAACAAGUAUGCUAUUGAUGUACAGGCCGUACAACCUCCAAUCAACAACGCCUGUACUAAACUGUAGUAAAUUAAGCAGCUAAUAAAACAUCACUACUUUGUCAGAUAAUGUUUGUCACCUAACUGUUGAGACGAAUUUAACGUUUAAUUUGUGAAGAAAUAGACCGGUAUAGCAUGCAAUUCUUUGUGUAUAGCCUCUAUAGGAGAGAUUAUAUACUAUAUGCUUAAAAAGCAGGAUUUCGAAUCGGCUAGCGCCAAGUUUCAAUUCAACUUAAAACUUAUCAAAGCUUACCUUUUCAAACUUAAUAGGUUAUCUCGCGCUCAUAUUUUACUGAGCAGCGUUUAAUUUUUAAGAGGUUGUCGAAACAGAAAUCUAUUCUGCAGUCGAUUUUACGCAAUUAAUCGAAAAUCUUGCGGGAAAGGAAGCUCCACUUUUUCGUCGCGGCCUCCACAAAAUUCCUUGCGCGCUCAGUCACUCAGCUUAGCCACUGAUCCAUCUAAAAGCCUGUAGUGUUCCUAUAUUUAUUUUAUUAAAAGCACCUGGGAACGAGGCUGUUCAUUUAAUGUACGAAUACAUUUUAUGACCUUGGUACUGUGUCGUUUUGCUCGGUUUUGCGAAGCCCAUAAACUAUGCGAAGACAUAACAACCCACGACAUAAUUUAAUACGUCAUCGUUUUAACUUCAAAAAGAGUUCUUAAAAGCGUAUAAUUCGAAGUUUUGAUAUAACAAAUAUCACUUUAAAGCUUUUAUAGAGUCGAAAUUCGAAUAAAAACAUUCGACGUUUACUGCUUGGUUAUUUAUAUUAUUUGUGCUGUUUUGAUGUUUUCAAGCUUUAAGGUUUAGCUACAGUAUAGUGAAGUAUUAACUCCUACUUAAACUGUGAAAGUCAUCAUGUUUAGCAUUUUGUAAUUUUGCAUCUUAAUCAUAUUUAGCAUUUUGUAAGUUUUCAAUAGUUUUCGUUUAAAAAAUUUGAUUUGUUGAUUUGCAUAAAGCUAAUCGGACUUUGAACAUCCGUAGGUUUUACGAGUGACACGUGGCGCGCAACAGUGCACCGGUUAAGAUGAAAUCAUGAGAAUAUAUGUAGAAUAGUAAGAAUACUGAAUUGAAUUUGUGUUUCUUAUUUAUACGGAUAAAUUGGUUACAGCUGAGUCAUUUAGUGAGCCUUAUUAAUCUCACAUGUCAUAUGGGAAUAUUCCGAACGUAUGUGUUUUACCGGGAUAUUUACUGCAUGACGUGUCACAUUUCAAGACAUAGAAACCUGAACCAUUAUACCAUUAAAAUUUGGGUUUAACAAAUAUUAAAAUCUCGGUAAAUCAUAAACCAGGUAAAACGUAGACCUGAGAGACAUGCAUAUUUUAAACUUAGAUGCGAAAAACGGCCGGGUGAUUGAGAUCAUAGGGAUGUGGUCUAUGACUAUGAUUUGGUGUAAAUAAGUAAAUUUCAGUCCUCGUUUCGUACUCUUUUGUAUG